AUGCCCGAGUGCCCCGAGCUGCACCUGGCCGCCCGCUUCAUCAACGAGGCGUGCGGUGAGCUGCUGUUCCAGGGCGGCGUGCAGCGCUCGGCCGUGGGCCGCGGCCCGGAGGUGCCGUUCAGCAGCGAGGCCUACAAGGUGACGGCCGAGUCCCGCGGCAAGGAGCUGCGGCUGCGGCUGGAGCCGCUGCGUGCCGGCCCCGAGCAGGCCCUGGUGUUCCGCUUCGGGAUGUCGGGCUCGUUCCGGCUGUGCGAGGCCUCCGAGCUGCCCCGCCACGCUCAUCUGCGGUUCGUCACCCGUGAAACCCCCCCCCGCGCCCUCUGCUUCGUGGAUCCGCGGCGCUUCGGCACAUGGAGGCUGGGGGAGGCCUGGCAGGCAGAGCGUGGGCCCUGCGUCCUGCUGGAGUACCCGGCCUUCAGGGAGAACGUGCUGAGCAACCUGGAGGAUAAGGCUUUCGACAAGCCCAUCUGCGAGGCGCUGUUAAACCAGAAGUAUUUCAAUGGGAUCGGUAAUUAUCUCCGUGCUGAGAUCCUGUACAGGGCGAAGAUCCCUCCUUUUGAAAAGGCUCGGACUGUGCUGGAAGCCAUGAAACAUCAGGUGCAGAAUUCUUCCCUGACACUGAGUAAGAAGCUGAAGCUGAAGAGGGAUAACCCAGAUCUCCUGGAGCUGUGCCACACAGUGCCCAUGGAGGUAGUGACAGCAGACAAAAAUGUCUUUGACCCUUCUGACUCGAAUAACUACGCUGCCUUCAAGAACUGGCUGCAGUGUUACUUAGUGCCUGGCAUGAGCUCCAUGCGGGACCACAACAACAGGACCAUAUGGUUCCAGGGAGAGCCUGGCCCCAUGGCUCCCAAAGGUCAGAAGUCCCGCAAGAAACACGCUCACCUGAAGGCAGACCCUGAAUCUCCAACCUCCAUGGUCACAACACGUGCCUCAAAACGGCGUUCUGGGGGUGCAGAGAAGCCCCCAAAGCCAGCCGUGAAGGAGGAGGAAGAGAAGGCAGUGGCUGUUGGGUCAAAGAAGGGACGUGCCCGUGGGAGGAAGAAAGUGGCUGCUGCUCCAGCCUUAUCUGAGCCAGAAGCUCCAGUCAGAGCAAAAAGAACAUCAGCACGCAAGGGAAGAGGUGCAGCCCCUGUAGUGUGAGUACUGCACGCUGCCUUCCAUGCACCUCAGCCUUUGGAAACGUGUGACACUGCGUCUGUUGUGGAGACAACGCUGGCCUGGACUGCCUGGUGCUGCUUUCAGGCAUGCCUGCUUGUAGCACUUGCUCCUUGCAGCAUUACUGCUAUUGCAGCCUCAGGGAUGGGGGCAGGCUGGUGCUCCUCCCCCUUUCUGGUCUUAAAUACUAUUUUUAUAGCCUUACUUAUCCCUUUGGGGUGGUUUUAGAAUCAGUUCCUCAGAGGGACCAUCAUGUCAGAUUCUGAUCGCUCCCUACACCUUAAAUCAUAUUCCCUCUUCCUUUGUUUUUAAUUGCUGCCUGGAUCACUGAGAAAGCUGAUUUUAGAUGAUUUAAUAAAAGUAUUUUGUGUAGAAA